CGACGCGGCCCGCGGGGCGCCACUCGCCUGCCGCCAUCACAGCUUACGCCAUUUAUAGUUUGGUAGAUUGACUGAAACGCCCUCAAUGAGAAAACAGGGAAAUUAGGAGUCAUGCCACCACCUGACGAUGAAGUGCGCAAGGGUAAAGAAAUGCUUUUACAAACAUAUCUGGCAUCGUUAGAUCAACAUGCUCCCAGAUCCUCUACAUCUACAGGUGGAGAGCCCAAAACAGCAACUGAUAAAAAUGUUGCUGCAGCAGAGGCAGAUAACAGAAAUGAAGCCGAAGAUGGCAUAACUUACUAUGUGGAUGAGUCGGGGAAGUACUAUUAUCGACCCACUAUAAAUCCGAAUCAAGAAGAGCCAGUAUAUGUGGAUGGGGAGUUCUAUCAAACUCUUGCGUUGGUGCCCUCACAAACAGAAAAUGGAGAAGUAACCUAUGUUGUUGUUGUGCAAGAAGAUAGUAAGGCCGGAGUGAAGCAAGAGAAGAAUACUGAUGAUGUUUAUCAAUUUGAAGAAGAGGAAGAGGAGGACGAUGUCAUCAUUGUUGAAGAAGAGUCACAGAAGCUCCAGAAGCAGCAAAAGAAAUCUAAGCAGACGACUAGACACCAUCGUAAUGGCUCACAUUUUGAUUGCAAACUAUGCAGUUAUAAAAGCCACAGAAGGUACUUGCUUAUGCGUCACAUGAAAAGUCAUUCUGAACAGAGGCCCCACCAGUGUGAUGUCUGCGAACGGGGAUUCAAGACCAGCACAUCAUUGCAGAAUCACAAAAAUAUGCAUAAUGGGGUCAAGCCACAUCUUUGCAAAUACUGCAAGAACUCUUUUACGACUUCUGGCGAGCUUGUUCGCCACAUCCGCUACAAGCACACCCAUGAGAAACCACAUCGCUGUACAGAGUGUGAUUAUGCUUCAGUGGAGCUAUCCAAAUUGAGAAGGCAUAUGCGCUCCCACACUGGUGAACGACCUUACCAGUGCCAGCAUUGCACGUACGCAUCUCCAGAUACGUUUAAGCUGAAGCGCCAUCUACGCACGCAUACUGGAGAAAAACCGUAUAAGUGCGAUCUUUGCAGCAUGCGAUUCACACAAUCCAAUUCAUUGAAGGCGCACAAGCUUAUUCACAAUGUUGAUGAAAAGCCUGUUUUUGAGUGUGAGCUCUGCCCAGCGAAGUGUGGUAGAAAGACUGAUUUAAGGAUUCAUAUCCAGAAGCUACAUACAUCUGAGAAGCCUCUCAAAUGCAAGCGCUGUGGGAAAAUGUUCCCUGAUAAAUAUACCUGCAAGAUGCAUAAUAAGACCCACGAAGGGGAGAAAUGCUAUAAAUGCAAGCUUUGCCCAUACGCCUCAGUAACUUUACGUCACCUGAAGUCUCACAUGCUCAAGCAUACAGGGGAAAAACCAUUUGUAUGUGACCAAUGCAAUCAAUCCUUCAGGCAGAAGCAACUCUUACGUCGCCAUCAGAAUUUAUAUCAUAAUCCUGACUAUAAGCCGACACCACCGAAGGAGAAAACUCACACUUGUCAAGAGUGCAGCCGUACAUUCGCUCACAAGGGCAAUCUUAUACGCCAUUUGGCUAUUCAUGACCCUGAUUCAAAUCAUAAGGCACAUGCUCAUGCACUUAAAAUUGGCAGACAGAAGAAAUUACAGAUUGUUGAUGGUCAAGUGACGGUUACUGAACCUGAGGUUGUGUGUGAUGAAAUAGCCACUGUGACACCAGUGCAACACAUUGAUGAAGAAAACAAUGCUAACGAUGAUAACAAUGUUGAAGAAGACAAUGCCGAAGAAAAUGAUGAAGAUGUGAUAACUGUUGCCAACAUGGGAGGUCAACGAUUUGUGUUGAUGAUGGAGAUGGUGGAUGGUGCACAUGGCUCUAGAGAAGAAGUGACAGUCCUACCUUCGAUUUCGUUGGAUUGCGAUGAUGAUAAUGAAAUACCUGAUGCUGAAGAAGAAAAUGAUCAUGAGAGCAAUGCUGAGCCAGAUGUAGAUAAAUGCUUUGGUUUUGGGGAUGAGGAUGAAGAUGACGAGGAUGAAGAGGAGGACGACAUGGACGACGUGGAGUAUGAUGAACAACAAGAAGUUGAAGAGAACGAAGUAGAGGAAGAAGAAGAAGCAGAAGAUGAUGAUGAUAUAGAGGAGAUAAUUGAUGACGACCAAGAUGAUGGAUUGAAUCUAGUAGAAGUGAUGAUUGAAUAUGACGAAUCACAGGAAAAUGCCAACUAAUUUGUUUCUUUCUUAAUAAACCUAUCUUUGUAUAUCGGCAAAACGGGUAGAAUAAGAACAUUGGAUAGAAUCAAGUAAUCAUAAGUCUUUCGGAAAAUAGAUUGAUAUAAAAUAUCAUGAAGUAUAAUUGUUAUGAUGGAAUGUAUUAUGCUGAUUGUAUAUUUACAUAAUCUAGAGGCAAGGAUGCACUUACUUGCAUGUAAUUUUAGUGUAUAAUAUUACGCUAAUUUCGAGUUAUGAAAUCAGUGUCUAGAGCUAUGGUAAAAAUAUUGUUAGCUUGAUCUGUAUAUUAUUUUAAAUAGAUUUAUAUUUUAGAGUAUAAUGCAUGAACCUUGACUGUCACUCGAGAUUGUCAAAAUGAGUGUGUAAAAAGUAAUUGUUCACUGCCUUUUUUUUUCACUCCUGGCGAAGUGCUUGUUAUGUAAAAAAUAAUAUUCGUAUAAAACUUCUACUGCUUAACCUAACUUAAAGAAACAUUUAAUGUGCAAACAUGUAAGUACUUAUCAACACCUUUAUGAAUUCUCAUCAAAAGUGGUCGAAGAUCAUGGUUUCAAAAGUUUUGUAGAAGCUUUGAAUCCGAGUAACGAAUUGCCCAAUAGAAAAUUAAUAUCAAAAACCUUAAUACCAUGCCGGUAUUUAGAUUGUUAAAGACAAAUUAUGGAAUUAGUCCAAAAGGCAAAAAAAGGCCGUCUUACUACGUACUGCAGGACUUCUCAGGUCAUGGAUGUAUAUUUAGCUGUGACAGCUCAUUUCCUGAUUGACUAUGAACUGAGAACGGUUUUGCUGCACUGUGAAAAAUUCAGUGGCACACAUACCACUCAUUGGCAGAGUCUUAAUAGAGAAUAACUUAUAAGUACUUAACAACAAAUCAAUAGAGUGUUCUUGGUCCAUGUAUUUGUUUGUUGCUUAUACUUGGCAGCAGCAAACUGUUAUUAUCAAAUAAUUGUUGUGGUAGAUUUCCUCUAUUUAUUCCAAUCAAAAGUAACUAAAAGUAGUUGUUUAAAUGUUCUCUAUCGAACCUGCGUUUCGUGACGUGGUGUAAUCAUAAAUAAUCACAACUAGGUUUAAUUUUAUUUUUGACCAAAAACACCCUUAAGUACAGUGGUAAUAGACACGGCAAGUAAAUUAAGUGAAAAAUUGUGUAAUAUUUAGUAAAACCACUACCAAUAUGAA